AGCUGGGCUGCUCAAAACGAAAGGUAACUAUAGCGCUCUGCCAUCGGGCUUCAUUAUUUUCCAGUCGGCUGGCUGCGCCUGGAGUGUCUGAAAAUGGACUCAUCAAAAGUGGUAGCUGCCUCUGAGAAGGAACAGAAGCCAGCAGGGAAGGAGAGUGAAGAGACGUCCAGUGAACCGUCCAUCACCUCUUCUGGAAUGUUGACCCCGUCUGGAGAGAAGUGUCGUAGUCUGGAGACUGUGAUCUCUAGGCUGGAGAUGCUGAAUGUGGGAAAGAAAACAUUGGAUGGUCCAGCUCUGCUGCUGACCACUCUGGAGGAGAUGAACCCAGAUGAGUUGAGGAGAUUCCAGUUUUACCUGACUAGUAGCAGGAUGUUCAGCUUUCCUCUCAUCCCAGAGAGCCAGCUGGAGAACACUGACAGACAGGACACAGUGGAUCAGAUGGUGAAGAGAUACGGCCCUGAGGGAGCUGUAGAGAACACACUGAAGAUCCUGAGGGAGGUGGACCGAAAUUAUCUGGCAGAGAAGUUAGAGAGAGAUCACACUAGAGUAACAACAUGGUGGAGAGACUCAUCAGACAGAUGAAUGGAGAAGGAGGAAGGAGGAUGUAGUAAUGAGG